GUAAUUGCUUGCCGAUGAUGAUAAUAAUACCUCUUGGACUCGUGGUUGGCAAAAUUAAAUUUAGUUUACGUUCGACUGUUGUAAACAGUGUCUCGCGUGAUAAUUUGUUGAAAAUUUUCCGUUUCUCUCUGAUAAAUCAAAACCAAAGUGUCUAAUUUUUACACACAAAAAAAAAAUGUUUUUUUAAUGCAAAAAAAAAUUAUCAAGCAAUAAAAAAAAGUAUUAUUCAUGUACCUGUGAAACCGUCCCAAAAUUAAAAAAAAAAUAAAAACGUGUCAAAAAAUUACAUAAAAAUGACAAAAAUUGCAUUUUUCUCACUUUUCAUCGCUUUGUUCGUCAUUUCUGGUAUUAAUGCUGCGACAAUUACAGCAAAUAAAAAUCAAGAAACCUUCGAAUUUCUUUUGCUGCACAAUAAUGACAUGCACGGGCGAUUUGAGGAGACCGACGAAUACACAAAUGAUUGCCCGAAGGAAGACAAAAAGGCAAAUAAAUGCUAUGGCGGCUUUGCAAGAGUGGCAAACGUGAUACGAAAACAUCGUCAAAACGCCGCAUCAGGCAAUGGACCUCCCGUGCUCUACUUAAAUGCCGGCGACACUUACACAGGCACUCCAUGGUUUUCGCUCAACAAAGAGAACAUCACGACUGAAUUUUUGAAUGCUUUAGCACCCGAAGCGAUGUGCUUGGGAAAUCACGAGUUCGAUUUCGGGCUGGAGCAUCUCGCACCGCAUUUGAAGGACUUGAAAUUUCCCAUUCUAGCGGCUAAUUUGAACUAUUCCGCUGUACCAGAGUUGUCAUCGAUCGAGCAACUGAAGAAAUCGACAGUUUUGGAUGUGAAUGGAACGAAAGUUGGGGUUAUUGGAUACAUCACACCCGAAACGAAUGAAUUAUCUCUCGUUGAAUACGUGGAUUUUACCGAUGAAAUUGAAGCAAUUAAUCAGGAAGCUGCAUUAUUACGUUCGCAAGAUGUAAAAAUCAUUAUUGCACUCGGGCAUUCGGGCAUCGAGAAAGAUCUGGAAAUCGCUGAAAAGUGUCCUUUAGUCGAUCUUGUCGUUGGAGCGCAUUCUCACACGUAUUUGGGCAAAAAACAAGACAUCGAAGUGCCUUACGGACCUUAUCCGAUGGUUGUGACGCAAAAAAAUUCCAAACGCAAAGUGCCCGUUGUUCAAGCUUAUGCCUUCACAAAGUACAUGGGAAGUCUCCUGCUGAAAUUCGACACUCAGGGCAACCUUUUGUCAUGGUCCGGCACUCCCUUAUUACUCGACAACAAAAUCCCGAAAGAAUCCGACAUCGAAGCGAUGCUCGAAAAGUACAGACCAGCAAUUGAAGAAUACGGAAAUCUCGUUAUUGGAUAUACGGCGGUGCUGUUCGACGGGCAUACGUGUCGUUAUCGCGAAUGUAACUUUGGAAAUUUUAUCACUGAUGCGAUGGUGUUCCAACAUGCGAUUAAUUAUACGAGUUCGAGUGGCGAAUGGACUGAUGCGGCAAUUGGAAUGAUGCAAGCAGGCGGGAUUCGGGGUACAAUUGAUGAAAAUACGAAUAUUACAAAGCUGAAUUUGAACACGGUGAUGCCUUUUGAGGAUAGAGUUACAAUUUUGGACUUGAUGGGACAGGAUAUCGUGGAAGUGCUUGAACAUAGUGUUCAUCGAUACGAUCCGAUUGUGAGAAAUGGCGAAUUUAUGCAAGUGUCGGGAUUGAAAAUUAGAUAUAAUGUGUCUAAACCUGUCGGGCAGCGAGUGAAUCAUGUCGAAGUUCGAUGUGCCUCAUGUCGCGUUCCCGAAUACUUCCCCAUCCAACUCAACGAAACAUAUCGCGUCUUGAUGAACGAAUAUCCCUUCCACGGAGGCGAUGGAUACACAAUGUUAAAAAACAAGCCCGGCAACAUCACAAAAUUGAUCGACAUUGACAACGUAAUUCAAUAUUUGGCCCGUAAAACUCCAGUUUACCUUCAACGCGAGUCACGGAUCGUCUUCGAAGGAAACGAGGAUCACUUAGAAGAAAACAAUUGCUCCGUGAAUUCAACCGCCAGUCUCAUUGGGGUCGUCAAAAGUACAACGCUAAUAGUCACAAUAGCUAACUUAAUAAUUCAUUUUGUACAAUAAUCGAUUUUUUUUUUGCAUGUGAAAUAUAGAGAGAUCUAUGAUAUUUAAUGAAAAGUCAUCAAUUAAAUUGUCACAAAUAGUAACGAGUUUCAGCGAGAAACAAUUCAAUUUGCGAGACGAUGAUAAGGAAAAAUUGAAUUGUUAUCAAUUGAAAGCGGAUCAGGUUUGUCUCGUCGCGGAUGACGAACCGCAACAAAUAAUGAAAACAAUAAACAAAUUACGUCAAUUAAGAAUUUUGCUGGAAAUUUGCAUAAAGAUCAAUUGCAUGUCAUUAAUUAGUUGCAUUUCUUUGGAAUUCGGACAAAAUUUAUCGUAAAAUUCGAUU